UUCGAAACAAGUGCGCAUGUGUUCUUGCCGGGCCAGUGACGCGAGCGAGGGAAGAGAGAAGAAUGUCUCGGGCGACCCCAAUCCUGAGUAAGGCACGCAAAACGCUUCAAGAUCUUGAAUUGCUUAAGGUCUUACAGUCUGAAAUCAAUCACGAACUCUCCUCCACUCCCGUGCAGACCAGUCAAAGUGGCUCUUUGGGUGAUUUUGUGGUGGACUGGGAUUCACCAGGGUCCCUAGAUGUGGUUUUGCGGAGAAAAUAUGAGUCUGGUGAGGAGGUUGCCGUUUCAGCUUUAUUGGGUCCUGUGAGGCUUGCAGAAGUGGGUGACUUUCCGAGCGAUGCUUUUAUGAAGGUAUGCAUAAAAAAACCUGGCUUGAGCUCCAUAUUGCAGUUUGACUGUGGAGUUUUUGGAAAAGGUGGCAAUGUCUCAGAAUUUGACGUCCAUAAUGCCUACUAUCUCAAGUCAGUAGCUUGUCCAAGCCCUUCAGUUUACAGAGGCCCCUUAUACAGCACUUUAGAUCCUCAACUACAAGAUACACUCAAGGAAUAUCUAGAAACCAAGGGAAUCGGAAAAAACCUAACUUCCUUCCUGCUCCAUUACCUACACAGAAAAGAGCAAGGUCAAUAUGUGAACUGGUUACAGAAGCUUGAAGCAUUUGUGGCAAAGGAAGACUGACUUGAGACAAAUACUUGAAUUCAUUUUCUCCUCCAGGAAAAGACUCUACAUUGAGAAGUGAAGCAGGGCUUGAAGUUCCAAACCAUAUUGUAAGCUGAAUAUUAAUUUUUUUUAGAUAAUUUAAAGUUUGAACAUUUAUGUAUACAAAUGAAAGCAUAUGUAGGAUCUGCAUCAAACUCGGGGCCCUUCUUCAAGGGUUACUACCAUAAGUUGUAAUCUUUUAGCGUCCUGUUCAUCGUUGUCCUCAGCAGAGAGGAAAUCUCUA